AAUAUAUCAGUUGCUCAGUGUAGCAUAAACAACACAGACCUCUUCCACAAUGAUGAAACUGGUGGUGUUGUCCUGCUUGAUGGCCGCGGCGUCUGCCAGUGGGAUCAUCGCUCCCUACGCGCCGCUCGUGUACUCUGCACCCCUGAUCGGCGCUUCUAACUACAGAGGACCGCUGUCCCUCGCCCCCGGCCAGCCCGCUGACGUGCUCGGCGCCGACGGCAGGCCCCUCGACACCCUGGACGUGAACCUGGACCGCGCGGCUCACUACACCGCCAAAGCCCUCGAGCCCUUCCACCUGCUCAAGAAACGCUCGGCCGCCUUCAUUGCGCCCGUCAGCACCUACGCCGUGGCCCACUCGCCGCUGAUCACCCCCGCUUCCCCUAUCGCCUACACCGCUCCCCUAGCCGCGCCCUUCGCUCCCCUCAGCUACCACGCCGCCCCGGUCGUGCACGUGCUCAAGAAGCGCUCUGCUGCUCUCAUCGCGCCCGCUGUCAGCAGGAUCGUGGCUCCCGCCCCGCUGAUCACCACCACUGGCGCCAUCGCUUACUCCGCGCCCUUCGCUGCUGCUCACUACGCUCCUCUUACCUACGCCGCACCUUUUGCUCCCUGGUUCAAGAAGUGAAAAUCUACAACAUAAAUGUGUGAUCAAACCUUUUGAAUAAACGACUGUAUCCAUAC